CACAACACCGUUGAGGUCAUAUCCGGUUUAUCUGGCGCUGUCAAGUUGUCACGUCAACUUGCUGCGACCGAAAGUUAAAGCGAAACAAACACGGACUCGAACUCUCGGGGACAGCGGAGUAAACUCCUCCAGUUCAGCGGCCGUCUGCUCCCGCUGAGAAUCGAACCAUGUUCUCUCUGUCAAUGACGGUCCAACCACAGGUGACGGUGCCUUUCAGCCACCUCAUCAACGUCCUCCACUCCCUGAAGAGCUCAGUGGGAAGCAGUAGCAGCUCCACCUGCAGCUCAAGGAAACACAAGGAGCAUGCCUCCGACUCACCACGACACUGUACAGAGCCUGUGUGGAACCUGCGGGAGCUUGGAUUAUCCGACCUGGGAACACAGCAGCUGGAUGAGCUCGUGAACGGUGUGUUACCACGCUUGAGCAUGCUGGAAGCCCCGCUUCCACUUGGCAGUCAGAUAGCCUGGAGGACGUCUCACCUCUCUUCACACUCCUUUUUCUUCAACAAGCAUGGGUUCUCAUGUAGUCCAAUUCCAAUGUCAGCCCAAGUUUUAUCCAGGCAGCAGCUUCCACCUUUUGAAUCUGUCUUCACAGAGCUACAACACUGGCCAGUGUUGGUCCAGAGCAGGGGCUUUAAAACAUUAAGGACCAAAACCAGACGACUGCAGUCAAACUAUGAGCGCCCCCUGGAAUCUGAGGGGUUCACACCGUCUUUUAUGAAGGGUUUCCUUUCACGUGACAAGGGGAUUGAAGUGGAAAGUUUAGACAUCCUGACGAAGAACAAGAACGUCCCGGAUGGACAACAGGAGUCUUUCAAGAGGGGCUUCGCUGAGGGUUUCCUGAAAGCUCAAGCCUUGACACAACGCACACAAGACUCUCUGAGGAGGACCCGUCUCAUCCUGCUGGUGCUGCUUCUGGUUGGGCUGUAUGGUAUCUCCAAGACCCCGUUCCUAUCGGUGCGGUUCCGAACCACAUCAGGCCUGGACUCUGCUCUGGACCCAGUUCAGAUCAAAAACGUGACAUUUGAACAUGUCAAAGGUGUAGAAGAGGCAAAGAAUGAACUGCAGGAUGUGGUGGAGUUCCUGAAAAGCCCACAGAAGUUCACAGCUUUGGGAGGAAAGCUGCCAAAAGGUGUUCUACUUGUCGGCCCUCCAGGGACUGGUAAGACCCUGCUGGCCAGAGCGGUGGCCGGAGAGGCAGAUGUGCCAUUCUAUUAUGCCUCUGGGUCAGAGUUUGAUGAGAUGUUCGUUGGAGUGGGAGCAAGCCGCAUCAGGAACCUUUUCAGGGAGGGUAAAGCCAAUGCUCCCUGUGUGAUCUUCAUUGAUGAGCUGGACAGUGUUGGUGGGAAAAGGGUUGAGUCUCCCAUGCACCCCUACUCCAGACAGACUAUCAACCAACUACUCGCUGAGAUGGAUGGGUUUAAACCAAAUGAAGGUGUGAUCAUCAUUGGAGCAACAAACUUCCCAGAGGCUUUGGAUAAUGCCCUGGUCCGCCCGGGACGUUUUGACAUGCAGGUGACUGUCCCCAAACCAGAUGUGAAAGGACGCACAGAGAUUAUCAACUGGUACCUGAAGAAGAUUAAAGUAGAUCCAGCUAUCGAGGCCAGUAUUAUUGCCCGGGGCACGGUCGGCUUCUCGGGCGCUGACCUGGAGAAUCUGGUCAACCAGGCGGCCCUGAAGGCAGCAGUGGAUGGCAAAGACAUGGUCUCUAUGAAGGAGUUGGAGUUUGCUAAAGACAAAAUCCUCAUGGGUCCUGAGAGGAGGAGUGCAGAAAUAGACCAGCAGAAUAAGCGCAUCACAGCGUUCCAUGAGUCAGGCCAUGCAAUCGUUGCUUACUACACCAAAGAUGCCAUGCCAAUCAACAAGGCUACUAUCAUGCCCAGGGGCCCAAGUCUGGGACAUGUGUCGAUGCUUCCAGAGAAUGAUCGCUGGAGUGAGACUCGCUCUCAGUUACUGGCCCAGAUGGACGUCAGUAUGGGUGGACGUGUGGCAGAGGAGAUUAUAUUUGGCCAGGAGUACAUCACAACAGGAGCAUCAAGUGACUUUGACAGUGCGACCAAGAUCGCUAAAAUGAUGGUGACCAGAUUUGGAAUGAGUGAAAAGUUGGGUGUGAUGACCUACACUGACAUGACACGGCAGAGCCCAGAGACACAAGCUGCUGUGGAGCAUGAAGUCAGGCUGAUACUGAAGGAGUCGUACGAGCGUGCUCGAGCCCUGCUGAAGUCUCAUGCCAAGGAGCACAGGAACCUGGCGGACGCUCUGCUCAUGUAUGAGACACUGGAUGCCAAAGAGAUCCAGCUAGUCCUGGAGGGCAAGAACCUGGAAGCGAGAUAAAAGCAGCAAGAAUAGCAACAAUCACAGGGAAGCAACAGGGAAGGGGGUCAUAUUUUACAAGCUCAGGCAUUAAGGAGGGAGGAAUGGACUCAGUUUUGGAAUAAUGAACCAUAGAAGUAUGAAGUCAAGUGCUCAUGUGGGACGCUGUCAUCUCUGCAUGCUGUCUGUCACCUUCAUUGAAUCUUAUCAAUAUUCCCAGACAAGUUGUUUAGUUUGAAAUUCAAACAUGACUUUCCUGUGUUCAGAGGUAAGCAGAUGUAUGAAGCACACGUUCAUUGUAUGUGGAGAAGGUCAAAUGUCCGAUUUUAAGGAUGUUGCUCAGGUCACUUUAUCAGCUGGUGUUAAGAAAUUCUACAUUGUGUAAAUAUGCACCUAAAAAAGUCUAUGGAUAUUUAAUUUGAUUAAAUUCUGUUCAGCAAGGUCUAUUUAGAUUCUCAUGUCAGUGGGAAAUGCUGAGCAUCAAAUACAAGUACCCCAAAGAGCUCCUUUAAAGCAACACCAUGUAACUUUUACUGAGCAACAGCGCCCUCUACAGCCACAUGUGCUAAGUAUGAGUAUGGUAUGUAUGAAUGAAGGCUCUGUGUCCAAGCGAUCAAGUGGUUUUCAUGUUGAGGAAAAAACAAAGUCUAACAACUGAAUGGUGGAUAUUCCUCAUGAUCCCCUGUUUCCUGAACCAGAAGAGCUGCCCUUGUAAUAAAUACACCCAACUCUGUUCAGAAUUCUUCAUAUUUUAAAAGUUUCCUCGCCUAAUAUUGGAGAUAAAUGCAGUUUUUUAAUGACAUCCAAGUCUUUUUAACUGAUCUACCGUUCGGCAUUACUCAUGAACUUGUGACUAUCAGUCAGGUUCACAUUCCUCACAGGAGAUGGUACCUGCUCAUCAAAGUAAGAUAGAGCAAGACCAGACUUUCAGGGAGAGGAGUGGGAAUGAAAGUGAAAAUUAGAAGCUGAUAUAUAAGGUUAUAAGUUACAUAGUGUUGCUUUAACUCAGUUGAUUAAUGUCAGGCUGUAUCUCCUACUUUAGCUUGUUUAAUUCUCAAGUCAGUACCUAGAACUGUAGUGAGUUUUCCAUCAAGUUCAUGGUGUCUGGGAUGUUUGAGAAGAUCAUACAUACAUUCAACUGUCCUGCUCUUUCCGUCGGCCCCCUGUUGCUGAAAGGUGGCCUUUUGGAGGAAUGUACUGUUAAGUGUAUAUUUUUUCCUUUUUGAAGUAGAAAGUGUAAAAAGAGAAAACCACAACGUCGCAGCACUUUGGGUAAGUGAACAAAAUCGAAAAACACGCUUGUGCUAUCCUCAUGUAAUUUAUUUUAUUCAUACUGUGUGUUCAGAACAAAGAAAGUUGCAAGAAAUAACAAAAGAAAACACUGCACUUAUGUAGACGUAGAGCAUCGGGAUUGGAAUCGUUAGGAUUUUAUACUUGUGGGGUUGGCCAGUUCUAUCAGUCGCAGUAUUGUGCAUUGCUGUCUUUGAACAAUGUGAAACAAACAUGAAGCUGUAAUGAGUAGAGACGUCCUUGAUUCUAAAUGUGACAUUUCAACACAGGUUGUGGGUAGAAACUUGCAGUUAUGUUUCUAUUAAAAUAUUGAAUGUCUUCAUUUUUAAAUGGAAUAGUUGAAGCAGCAGCAGUGUGUGUCAUCCUUCAUUUAACAUUGCAGAACAGGAAGUAUAUACAGUUAUCUGUUAUCACCACCAGCAUAUGUCAUUUUUAUUAUUGCACCUGAAAUAAAUAAAAACAAGCCAAAAGAAAUUACAA